CACGAGAUCACAGCAUUUCCUGGUACAAGUACAGAGAGUGCCAAUUUAAGAGAAUAAAUGAAAGGCAUGUUUUGCAGGAAGGUCACUGAUUAUCUAUCUGCAGAUGAUUCUGAUCCAUCUUUGAAAAAAAAACUCAAAUAAGAUCUUAUCAGCAAGUCAAAUUCAGUGAGCACACGAGAUAAAUUAUAUUUCUCUCUUUUUAAAUCAACCACUUCUGAUUUUUUUCCCUGUUCCUUUCGACAGACAUGAUGAGUGCACCAGCUACUCGGGCUUUCUCAAUUCCAAGACCAUCUGAGGCCGACUUUCGCCGACUUCACCAUGCAAAGCAUGACGAAAUUGCCAGAGCUUUGAACAUGGAUGAUGAUGAUUUCAUGGAGUUCAAGAAACAAGUGCGUGAUAAGAUGUAUGCAUCGCUCGAUCUCUCCAAGAGAUUGGAUGAACAAGAUCCUUCAGUGUGGCGAAGAUUUGUCCAAUGGGCUUAUGAAGCCAUGCCUUCCCUGAUUUCGAAAUAUGAAGAUGCUUGGCCAGUGGAGCUAUAUGUAAAAAUCAACCUCAAGAAGCGUAUUGCGUACGAGCGCUUCCGAUUCAGAAAGGCAGUGGCGAAGUAUAAACGGACAACGACCUUGAGCUCUCCUUCUUCUGUAGGAGAAGCGGACAUGUCACAGGCCGACCUGCCGCCACCCUACGAUGAGGAAGAUCGAGUGACACCCAGCAACACUCCUGGCGCGCGCGUGCAUCCGGACGCUGCUCCAGACAACAUCGAGAAAUUUUUGAGGUCCUGUGACUUUGACCUCGGGCAUCUCACAAGUACCUUCAUCACGCAAAGAACAGGUCUUUUCAAUUUGGAAAGACUGGAACUUCUCUCAUCAUGGCCUGCGGCCUUGAGACGCGACCACUUAGAGAGACACUUUGGAACUAUGCUCGAUGAUGUCGAGAUAGAGGUUUUGAACAAGCGGUUUGUCGAGAUGAGCCAUGUGCAAAUUUAAUGUUGGGUUAAAGUUGCUAGAAUUGUAUACAUAAUCGAGAUGCAAAUUAGGCUAUCUACUUUGACGGAUCA